GCGGGUGCGUGAAGUUUGUUUUCUAAAGUGUGGUUGUUUCGUUUUAUACGUGCUUGUCCUGGAGAAUAUCGCCCGCGAGUGUUCUCGUGUGCGAUCGAUACUAUAUACGCUUUUUUCUCUUGGAGGAAUCCCUUCUUCAACAGGUGGCCUGUUGGCCUACCUAGCAAUAUCAGACUCCCAGCUAUUCUAGAACCAUCCAAAUUUAUUCUCGACCGUUUCUCGACUGUUUCUAGAAGUGUCAGCUUGUCUAUCAUGAACCGAGUCUACGGCGGUCCGCCCCAUCAAGUCAUCGACGGGAAGUUCAUGGACCCCGCGAAGCUGGUGAAUGUCCUGCGAAGUGAAUACGGACAGUCCAACUUCCGAGUUGAGUUACGGCUGGACCAGUACAAGAUAUACGUGUUUGAUCAAGCCAUGGCGCGGUCAUCUGGGUUGACACAGGAAAAAAUCAAGUAUUGUCAGCUGUUUGGAUGAGUCAAUUGGUGUUGGCGAGAAAAGACGCCUGAUUUUCUCGAGUCACGACUUGAAACGGCUGAUAAUGUGCGGGGCACAUACACAUGCAGACCAUUCAUUCGGGUAACGGAUGAUAUCACUAUAUUAAUGCAUCGACAGACAAGGAUAGCAAGCCAUCG